ACUGAAAAUAUGAUGGCUGCCACAUCUGAUAAGCCUACACCUAAAGCCAAUGCCAAUAAGCUUCAAAAUUCUGAAAUCCCCCCAAAUGAGCGGUCAGAAAAACAAAUACCAAUCACUUUCAUUCAUGCUCAGACCCAUAAUGUGGUGAAUGAUUUACUGGCUGAUUUAGAAAGUCUAAAUGAAGCAUAUGCAUGUAGCAUGGAUACACAGAAGGCCAUAGUUGAAUCUUGUUCCACCAUUCAAAGUCACCUUACAACAGAGCAGCCCCAUGCUACACCUCCCACAACCAAGAUUGUCGACAAUUCCAUCUUGCUUCCAUUGGGCCAACAACUCAGUGUCAUUCUAUCCAAGCCUGUUUUGACACUUGCUACCGAUCCGCAGUUUAAGGCUCAGCUUUCUGAUAUUCUGCAAACUUUUUCAACUACACCACAUCCUGAGACUAUUGAUCCUUUGUUGGCUCACUUGCAGAAGGUUUAUGAGGACCUUUAUGCCAAAUUUCCGGAUUCUCAAGCAGCUAUCUCAUCAUAUCAACAAUUAACUGAAUCUCUUUCUAAGUUGAAACAAGACACCUCCUCUUUUGAGACUGCCAAAGCUACCCUGGCUGCCCAUAUUGCAAAAGCUAAAGAUUAGGCUCAUGAGCUAUCUGAGGAGAUUCGAGACUUGGAACAACAACUGACUGUCAAGAGAGGAGUAAAAAAUAGGCUGGAUGGUGCUUUGAUAAAGAAUGAGGCUCAAUUUGCCAAAGCAAGUAGCAUGCUUGACAGUAGCAAUGCAACCUUACAGUUACUUGAAGAG